AUGCAUUGUGACAAAGAUGGCCUAACAGCUAAUGAUGUUUUAGAAAUGGAGCAUCAGGAUAUGUAUAAAGAGGCAAAGUGCUGGAUAAAGGAGACAGCUCAAUCAUGCUCCACAGUAGCAGUUCUUGUUGCCACAGUUGUCUUUGCUGCUGCCUGCACAAUCCCAGGUGGGAGUGAAAACGGCACACCAGUUGGUGAUGUUCCUUUCAAUCCUAACAUUGCCAUUCAAGCUAUGGAAUUUCUACAAGUCCCUCCCAAGAAAACUCAAUCUGGGAUUUGCACUGUUGUUCUUCUCAUUGGUGUGCACAAUGCUGGCAUUCAGCGCAACCGUUUUGCUGACGAUUCAGUUGGAGAACACAAAAUGGACUUCUGUUUUGUUCUAUUGUGCUGGAUUCCUUCUUGUGGCUAUAUUUGCAUGGAUGCAAUUCCCAUUCUAUAA